AUGUGUUCAAUUCCUGGACUUCCAUCGCCAGGAUUAGAGGUGUCUGUGCUCAUCACCAGGGUAAACCUAAAAUCCAGUCAUGGCUUGCUGGAGUUAUGGGUCAACAUGGAUGAUGGAAAGAAAUGCAUUUAUGAGCAGAUGAAGGAGGAAAUUCAAACCCCCCAGAGAAGUUUUUACAGAUCGGAAGGAAAACCAGGGGAUCUCUGCGUAGUUUGCAUCAAAGACAAGUGGCACAGAGCAAGGAUUGUAUCGAUCCAAAGUGAAACUUACAAUGUUUUUCUAAUUGACCAAAGCCAGCCUCAUGCCACCACAAGUGAAGCUCUAGCAUGGAGCAAGAGUGGCAGUUUUCUUCUUCCUCCUGAAAUUGAAUUGUGCAUUCUUGCAAAUGUCAUGCCCCUACAAAACGAGUGGCCUGAAACGGCCUCAAAGUUUUUGAUGUGUUUGCCAAGGAAGAAGUUUAAAGGACUGGUUCAGGAUGUGUUUAUGCCAGACAGGAUUAUUCUCCUUGAGAUACCAGUUGUUGCGAACUAUAUGUGUAAGCUUGGAGUUGCAAAGAAGAUUAAAGCUGAUCAGUCUAAAGGACUCUUGCAGAAAUAUCUUCAUGCAAUCAGAGAAGAUUUAUCAGAGUCCCUCUGUUUAACAUUGGAACCGGAACCUGAUGUCCCCUGCCACUUUGUCCAAUGUGACCAUUACUUUUACCCUGAGCUGACAAUUGACACUUUUGAAACAGUUUACGUGACUGAAAUAAUCAAUCCUCUGAAUAUUUUUUGUAUGCUCUUCAUUUUUUCCAAAGCAGUGAAACUGUUGUCUGAACAGAUCCACCAGCACUAUGAAGAGAGCUCAUAUUUUGGACCAGCACAACCACAGAGCUGCGGGGAUCCUUGUGCAGCCAGAGGAACUGAUGGAAAAUGGUGCCGCUCUUUGCUGAAGCAAAACAUCGAGACUAGUGAGGAUGCUGCCAAGGAUGAUAUAGAAGUCUUCCAUGUGGAUGCGGGCAAAACUGAACUGGUUAAAGCUGAAGACAUUAGACCGCUUCAUGGAAAAUUCCUGAAAAUGCCAGUUGUUACAUAUCUCUGUUCUCUGAAUAAAAUAACAAAUACUAACAGAGAGGAGGCCGCAGACAAGACUGAUGAUUUAAAAUCAAUGCUCCUUAACCAGAUGGUGGUUGCAAGGUUUGACCACUACAAUAAACAUCAAGACGUCUACUAUGUCACGCUUUACUCAGCUUAUGAUGCAUGUCUGAAUGAUAUUUUUCUUGAAAAAGCUGGACCCGUUUCAUUCUCUGAGUCUGAACAAGCUUCAAAUGUUCACAAUAAUGCUUUGUUUCCCAUUUCCUUGGAGGAAAAAAAGACCAUUGAUUUGCUUUUCAAGGCCAAGAAAAUUGAUGGUUUUCAAGAAGAAACUGGGUCAGGCACAAAAAUACAAGUGGGCAACGACCGUGUUGAUGACUCGUCUACUUCUGGCAAUAUUACUCGUACCAAAAUAAGCGCUGUUCCUGUACUACACAAUAAUGGACAUCUUUCCUCAAGCUUACUUUCUGAAGUACAAAAUGCUUGUGAUGACAGUGUGUUUCCUGUAGGAAAAACUGUUCAUGUAAAAGUAUCUUGCAUAGAAAGUCCACAGAAGUUCUGGUGUCAAGAAACGGAAAGUGCAGAUUCUUUUAGACAGCUUAUGCAAGAUCUUCAAGCCCAUUAUGCAUUUGCCCAUCCUCAGCCACUAGUAGAGUCUAUCUGUGUUGCUCGUAAUCCAGAGAAUAAAAUGUGGUACAGAGCAAGCAUCGUUGCACGUCAUGACACCCCUACUGUCGAUGUGAGGUUUAUAGACUAUGGUCAAACUCAAAGCAUCCCUUUGCGAGACGUGCACCCCAUUGAUCCAGUCUUUUUGCAGCUCAAAGCGCAGGCUUUUCAGUGCUGCUUAUUCAUUCUGAACAAUCCUACUGAGCCCACUCACAAUAGUUGGACUGAUGCUGAAUUUAAUGAAUUCCUGAAGUUUGUGGAUCCUGGUACAUCAUCAGACACGGAGUUGAAAUGUCUUGUGAAAGCUGUAACUUCCGAUGAAGAUGGUCUUCUGGUUAACGUGGUAGACAUUCAAAGAGAGUCUGAGAGUGUGUGCGAGCUUUUGACUCAAAAACGUGCUCAGUCUAAAGUUCAGGAGCAAAUGCCUUCAGCGAUCUCAUUGGAUGGAUACUGUUAUUCCACGCUCAAUAUUGAGGUGGGUGGAGAAGAAAAAGUGUUGGUAACCUCUGCAAAGACUGUCCGUCACUUCUACUGCCAACUGCACAGAAAUGCACAUGUGCUGGACAAACUGAUAAAAAAUAUUGCAAAACUAUUCAACAAACCACAGAGUUUAGAGGACACCCCUGAACUUAACAGCAUUUGCUUGGCAAGGCACAUUGAUAAGUGGUACAGAGGUCAGAUCGUAGAAACAUCUCCAAAACUUAAAGUGCACUUUGUUGACUAUGGAGACACUCUUGCCAUUUCUAAAUCAAGCAUUUACCCCUUUCCUUCAGGAUCGAGCGUUGCAAGGUUUGUUCCUGUGCAGGCUAUUCCACUUGCACUAUUUGAUAUGCCUGCUGAUUUACCACAAGAUGUGAACCAGUGGUUUGCAGAUUUUGCUGUUGGUCAUAGUUUUACUAUUUCAGUUGUCGCAAAAAGUGAAGAAAGGAAGCUAAUUGUUGAACUGUUUGAUGGGUCUCUUAGUGUAAACAUUAUGGUCAGAGAGAAAGUGGAAAAAAUUAAGCUAGCCAGGACUUGCAUGAAUCAAAACACUGACGAGCACCUUUCAGUUGGCUCAAAAGCUGCUUUACCAGAUGGGGACAGUUCAGAUCAAGAACUUAAUGAAGCAUCUGUAAUUAAGACAACUGAACAGGAAGACGACCACAGCUGGAAUACACAUAAAGACUCUCCACCACAGAUGGAACAAGAAAAGGUUUUAGAUGGACGAAAUCCAACUUUGGGUGUCGUUUCUGUCAAAGAAACCAUUGCAGAGAUUUCCAUUCAGGAUUCUCCCAGCUUCCUAAAAAUGUCUCCACAUUCCACUCAUGUUUGCCCAGAAGGAAAGGGUAAGAUCUACAGGUACAAGUGGCCCACUGUUUCCCAAAACAUGAUUGUGGAUGCUCAUGCUUCCUACAUUGUGGGACCAGAUCACUUUUGGUGCCAGUAUACAAAUACAGAAGACCUUACUAUUGUAACAAAAUUUGCUGAAGAGGCUGGGCAAGCACACACCGUGUUCCCAUCUGGGGAGCUGGAACCUGGCAGUCAGUGUAUUGCUUUUUCCAACAACCUGUGGUACAGAGCUCAGUUGGCCAACACUGAAGAUCUAGAUGAAGUAUCACAGCUUGCUCAAGAGGCUGGACAGGCAGAACAAGACAUAUUUUCCAAGAGCCUCAGUCCUGGCAGUCCAUGUCUUGCUUUGUUUCCAAGUGACAACCAGUGGUACAGAGCUCAAGUACUUCAUAAAAGUGAGGAAACUCUACACGUCCUGUUUGUUGAUUAUGGAAAUGAGUCUGAAGUUGACAUUAAGAAUGUAAAACCUUUGACCCAGUGUCUCCUGGAGAUUGCUCCUCAGGCUUUUUUGUGUUGUCUGAGUGGAUUUGAUAAGUCCAAAGGAUCCUGGAAAGAUGACGCUUCUGAUGCCUUCUACAACCUUUUGGUUGAUAAACCUCUCAAAUUGUCAGUUGUUGACAUGAACAACCAUUCAGAGAUUGCAGUUCCUCAGUAUUCAGUAGAAAUUGAGCAUGAAGAAGUAAAUAUACAUGCAGCUAUGCUGCAAUACUGGAAGCCAGUUACAGAAGACUCUUCUAUGACAGAAAAUCAACAAUCAAUCAACUCAAGUCAAGUUGGUCCUGACCAUUCUGACACAGCACAUCUUUGUGUGUCUAAAACAACUUUAAUGAAAGCUGACAUGUUCAAAGAUCCCAUGAUAUCCAGGGCUCAGACAGAGAUGAUCUAUGCAUCUUGUAUUUCUGAGCCAAGUUUCUUCUGGUGUCAGUUGGCCAACACUGAAGAUCUAGAUGAAGUGUCACAGCUUUCUCAGGAGGCUGGACAGGCAGAACAGGAUACAAUCUUUUCUAAGGCCCUUGGUCCCGGCAGUCCAUGUCUUGCUUUGUUUCCCAGUGACAACCAGUGGUACAGAGCUCAAUUAGUUCGCAAAAGUGAGAAAAUGCUACAUGUCCUGUUUGUUGAUUACGGAAAUGAGUCUGAAGUUGACGUUAAGAAUGUAAAACCUUUGACCCAGAGUCUCCUGGAGAUUGCUCCUCAGGCCUUUUUGUGUUGUCUGAGUGGAUUUGAUGAGUCCAAAGGAUCCUGGAAGGAUGAAGCUUCUGAUGCCUUCUACAACCUUUUGGUUGAUAAACCUCUCAAAUUGUCAGUUGUUGACAUGAAGGACCAUUCAGAGAUUGCAGUUCCUCAGUAUUCAGUAGAAAUUGAGCAUGAAGGAGUGGUUGUGAAUAUGCUGAUGGAGAAAUACUGGAGAGCAGAAAGUCUGGAAACGGGUUAG